AUGAAGAUGGCCAAGCUUUUAGUGAUCUUAGCACCUCUUCUCGGCUCCGUGGCUGGCCUGAAGUAUCUGGCUGACGAGUUCCUUAACGUUUCAUCCCAGGUGAAUGUUCCAGACUGCAAGGGCACACAGUUGGCCAAAGUUGUUGGGAAGGACCAUUGGCAGUGUGACAGCUUGAGUGGGAAGGCCGGGAAGAGCAACGAGGAGAAGUGCCGUAACAGCUAUGACACCAACGCCGCUGGGAAGAUGUUUGUGCAAUGCGAGGUGCAGUACCAAAAUCCCAGCAAGACGCAUUUCAACUGCCUGGGACCCACGGUGUGCAAGAAGCCAGCAGCACCGCCCUCUUGCGGCUCGCUGGAUAAAUUCUCGUUCAGCAAGGACAAGAAGGAAUUCGUGAAGAUCAUUGACUGGGACAAGGGGACUUCUGCCAACAACGGAGUGACCUUCGACGCUAAGAAGGACUGCGUAAACGACCUCUUCAACCAGAACGGUGGUGUUUGGCUCAUGGAAGUCAGCAAAGAUGGCAGCACCUUCCACGAGUGGGCCGUGUACAAGCAGACUCAAGUGCGCAAUGGAUUCGAUGCUUAUGGCUACAUCUACAACUGGAGGUCUUCCAACAAUAAGAUCAAUAAGCAUUUCGAGUUGUACUCGGACGUCGAUGAUGCAAUUUCCGGCAGUUCGAAGUGGAACACAUGCAACUAUGAUGACUCCAAAGCAGGAUUUGCUCGUGAUUGCUGCUGCCGUGCAUCAUCGAAGUCCUUUGAGCCCAACAAGGGAGGAGGCGGCUGGGGGUUCUUUGCGCCCUCAAGCUACCGCACCAACAUCCGUUGGUCCAAAAUCAGGAUCUCCAUGCCAGUCAAGCCCUUGUCGUGA